ACCAAACACCACUGCAUGCAAUGGAAAAAUUUGGAUUGGGGAUGAUAAUGAGGGAAAACUCUGAAACACACAAGACGUAUGUGGAGGAGAGGCACCCAUUUGCCCCUCUGAUCGGAUGUGGUUUCAACAAAUUCCCACCUCCAAAAACCCAUCCUCAAAACUGUGUACAGUAUUUCUCUGUCUUUGCCCCCACCCAAUUUGUCUUCAUCCCUCCAAAUAAAUUUUGUUAUCACUUUAUUAGCUCUUUCCCUAUUUGUUUCUACAUUUAUCCAUCAGCACCUCAUCCCUUAACUGGGCCUUCAUGCACUCUUCUCAAUAGUCUCGCACUCCAAGAUUUUCUGAGGGGAGUACAAAGAAUCAAUUAUAACGAUGGAGAUAACCAAUGUCAGCGAGUAUGAGGGGAUCGCCAAGCAAAAGUUGCCCAAGAUGGUAUUCGACUACUAUGCAUCGGGUGCAGAAGACCAGUGGACUUUGCAUGAGAAUAGAAAUGCCUUCUCGAGAAUCCUGUUUCGACCCCGUAUUCUCAUUGAUGUGAGCAAGAUAGACAUGGCCACCACCAUCCUGGGAUUCAAGAUAUCUAUGCCCAUCAUGAUUGCCCCCACAGCCAUGCAGAAAAUGGCUCACCCUGAAGGGGAAUAUGCAACAGCUAGAGCAGCAUCAGCAGCUGGCACAAUUAUGACAUUGUCCUCAUGGGCUACGUCUAGUGUUGAAGAAGUUGCUUCAACAGGACCUGGCAUCCGCUUUUUCCAGCUUUAUGUGUACAGGGACAGGAAUGUAGUUGCUCAGCUUGUGAGGAGGGCUGAAAGGGCUGGCUUUAAGGCUAUUGCACUUACAGUUGACACCCCCAGGUUGGGUCGCAGAGAAGCUGACAUCAAGAACAGAUUUACUUUACCACCAUUUUUGACAUUGAAGAACUUUGAGGGCUUGGACCUUGGCAAGAUGGAUGAAGCUAAUGACUCUGGCCUAGCUUCAUAUGUAGCUGGUCAAAUUGAUCGUACCCUGAGCUGGAAGGAUGUGAAGUGGCUUCAAACAAUCACCAAAUUACCAAUCCUAGUGAAGGGUGUACUCACUGCUGAGGAUGCAAGGCUAUCAAUUCAAGCUGGAGCAGCUGGCAUUAUUGUCUCCAAUCAUGGUGCUCGCCAACUUGAUUAUGUCCCGGCCACUAUCAUGGCUCUGGAAGAGGUUGUGAAAGCUGCACAAGGCCGUGUGCCCGUGUUUUUGGAUGGUGGGGUCCGCCGUGGAACAGAUGUUUUCAAAGCUUUGGCACUUGGGGCCUCUGGCAUAUUUAUCGGAAGGCCAGUGUUGUACUCAUUGGCAGCAGAAGGAGAAGCUGGUGUCAGAAAAGUACUUCAGAUGCUGCGUGAUGAGUUUGAACUAACCAUGGCAUUAAGUGGAUGCCGUUCACUUAGUGAAAUCACUCGCAAUCACAUUGUGGCCGAUUGGGACCAUCCUCAACCAUUGGCCAGGUUAUGAAAACGUGCAUGAAAACGUUAGCAAAUGUAUUCGUUAUGGCAGAUUGAUGAUAUAUGAUUGUGUGUCCAAGAGGCUGCCUUUCCUUUGAACACAUAUCUGUUUACGGCAUUUUACAUGUACUAUGAAAACGUUCUGAAACGACGAUGGAUAGAUGUAAUUUCCAGAAAUGGCAGCUGCUUCGUUUCUUGUUGCUUUAACAAA